UUUCAAAGUUUCAAACAAAGUUUUUUGAAAAAUUCAAUCAAAAAAUGUCCAAAAAAAUCUUCAUCGUUUAUAUUGUUGUAGCCAUAUUAAUGAUACAAUAUCAAAAUUCAAUGGUAAAUGCUGGCCGUAGUAAAAAAAGUAUGAUGAUUGGUGUUGCAUUAGGUGCAGCUAUUGCACGUUCACAACAACAUGAUCUACGAUUAUUACAUGUCUUGAUACCAUUACGUUUAGCUGCUGAAGCAUGGAAACAAAUGGGUAAAAAUACUAAUCAUCAUCAUCAUCAUGAUUAUGAUUAUGAUGGACAUCAUCAUCAUCAUGGUGGUGGUGGUUAUUAUCGUCGUCGUCGUCGUUGAUCAUCAUCAAUCAAUCAAUCAAUCGAUUUUCAAAUGUUUUUCAUUCAUUAGUUUAUCGUUCAAUGUCUUGACGUCUUGAUAAUCAUCAAAUCAUAUUCAUCAUCACCAUUACUUCUUGUCAAUUUCCUUUGUUUGUGUUCAUCAUCAUCAUCACCUUGAUCAUCAUUGUCCAUCAUCAUCAUCAUCUAACCGUA